AUGAAGCAUGAUAGUAAUCCUCAACAAAACACAUCUAUACUAAAAGAUCCGGAACAAAAUUCCAAUAAAAAGUUUUCUUUUACACAGACGCGAGCUUUAGAAAGAACUAAAAGUGCGCUUGAAGAAUCCUUAAAAAAGUUUAAUGCAAAUUUUAAUAAACAUCCGUCAAAGUUUCUAAACAAAGAAGUUGCUCAUGUACAAUCUUGUUUUAACAGAGCAAUUAAUAAUUUGAGUGAUCUUAUGUGCGAAUACAUAAGUUUUCCUAAAGCUUCACAAAUUAUAGCCGAAGGUGUUGUAACUAAUUUUGAUACUUUAUCACACAUAUAUAAAGAAAUUAGCGAAUCACUGGAUGCUUCAAGGAAUGCCCAAAUUAACACAUCUCAAUUCAGUGAAUUAUUAACCGUGCCAAAAGAUAAUGAAAUCGGUUCAUCAUCAGAUGUGUCAAAGGAUAUCAAAAAUAGUUUAUCAUCUCAGUCUAAAGAAUUAUUAGCAAUGUCAGCAGUUCGACCUAAUAAAUUGGUAACAAUUUUAAGGGAUGUCGAAAUUAGUACGUCGUUUCAGCCUAAUGUAAUGCUUAGAGAAGAUGAAAUGAGUACAUCUCAAAAUAAUAAAGGCCAAAAGAGGAAAUUCAUAACAAGUGAUUGUAAAGAUGGAAACGAUGUUACAUUUCCCAACAAAAAACGCAGGAGUGAAAAACUAAUUAUUGAUGCUCUAAAGAACAAAAGAAAUGAUCUAAAAGCCAUUCCCCCCAUAAAUGACACGCUAUUUGCAGCAAUGGCGAUUGGAUAUUAUUCGUAUAACGAGUCAUGGGAGGCACUUGAAUAUUUGGGUGACAGAGUGAUCGAAUCAUGUCUUUUUAAGGUUGCAAAAUCUCGAUAUCUUUCUCUUUACUCUGCGGAUGAUAUCAAAACAGGUAUAAUGAGAAUAACUACCAAUAAAAUUUUGGCUGCAUAUUCCAUUACACUUAAACUUCAUGAACUUAAUAAUAUGAAAUUUUUAUCUGUAAGAAAGUUUCAUGCCGAUGCAUUUGAAGCAUACUUCGGUGCUUAUUUUCUUGUAUAUGGUGAAUUGCUCACUUGUACAUAUCUUGACUACUUAAUGACUCCACUACUUGAUCUUAUUAUUAAUCAUGUUGCAUCUGGUAACAAGACUACGAAUGAUUCAUAUAAUCUAGCUUCUGAAUAUUUUUCAAUGUCAUGGAUUCGGAAUACCAAUUUUCUAAAUUAA